GCAAGGAGUGAGAUGUCCGGACUGCUCCGGGGACAGGGCUGCGUGACAUCGGCGGGGACCCAGGCAGGCCGCGGAACAGACGACACCCCUUCCCAAGAAGAGCGCAGACCGCGGUCCCAUGGCUCCCUCCAGAGACCGUUUCCUGCAUUACACCACUGGAAAAGACGCAACGCUCUCCUUGGCGCUGGUGCUGGUCAACGUGGUUCUGGUGUCGGCCGCGAUUCUCCUGUACUGCUCCAUCUGUAAAAGGAGAUCUUCAGAUAUCACCAACAGCAGAGAAAAAAGAGAAAGGUCACAUUCUGAGCUAAAAAAGGUGACAAUCCUCACGGAAUCCGAGACGCAAGACGCCAAGGUGACAAAUAAUGGAGUCAUCCCUUCAGGAGCUGAAAAAAACAGAAAAAGUAAAAAAGAUAAGAAAAAGGAUGCAGAACCGGAGAGGAACGGGUCAGUAGUGAAAGACGAUGACCAAGUGCUUGUUAAUUUGAAGAACAGAGUUCUCCCAUUACCUCCACCACCAGACAAUGAAGACUCGGAAUACGAAGAGCUGGGAUACGAAUCUAUACCGCUAGAAGAUGAACCGCCAAAUCCACCAACAGCGCAACCGUCUCUUCUUCAACUCCACUCUGGUCCAAAUGGGAAACACCUGGGCGAUACCUCCGGGAGCAUUCGCACAAUGGCAGUCGGCGGCGGUGAUGCCCUGGAAAACAUAAACCCUUUGUACGUCUCAGUAGAGGAAGGAUCGAGGAAUAAAACACCAGAAAACCAAGAAUCGGAGAUUGACCUUCCCAGUCCCGGACCCAACCAAGGAGAUGAACCAAUGAAGGAACCAAUGCAUUCAAACCCAAAUAUAAAUGAACCUAUCUAUUCCGUCGUUCGUAAGGACAAGCUCUCCGUAAAGAACCCACCUACAAAACCAAUGGAAAAUCUUUCUAUAGACUUAAGUGUAAAAAUUGAGGUUUUACAGGAGAAGACCAACCACAGUUCAGCUCCCGUGAAUCCUGAGGUUCCACCCACCUCCUCCUUUAAACUGAACACGAUGAUAAAAAAUUGGAGGACCAGAAAUUUAAAAACCUCCCCACCCCAACCAACCGUCUCCAUAAACGUUGACUUGGAGGACCCUCCUCCCAUUCCCGAUAAAGCAUUCGAUAUUGGAAAUGAAGCUGAAAGUGAAGAACGCCACCCAAAUGAGGACAAUACGGAAACAGAUAUCAAGACGGAGGAGUGAUUUCAGGAGAAAUGUCACUACAUAAAGGGACAGCAUCAGGGGCGGACUGACCAAUUCGGGCUCUCGGGCACUGCCGAGGGCCCCAUGCCACUAGGGGGCCCCCCAUCAGGGUU